GGCGAUCCUCAUGAACGAGUCAAGCAUUGUUACGGAGCGGAAGGGGGUAGAGGAUAAGAUGGACGACAAUGAGAAUUACAUCGAGUGUUCGAAGAUGAACUUUUCCCAGUUCACGAACCCAUUCGCUGGAUCGAAUCAGUUUACGGCAGGAAAGUUUCCCCAGAAUCUUACCACAACGGCAUCGAAUGGACAGGUCCUCGGAUUGGUGUCAGGAAGCGAAGGAGCCAUGCAGUUUCUACGCCCAGUGGAUGGAACCGCCGUCAGUGCCGCUUCCGCAAUGUUUCACCAGCAACAGUCCCAGCACGGGCAGGUCGUAACAACGGCCGGUAUGCCUCACCCAGGAAUGACCUCACCCGCCUACAUCACACUCCCCAUCACGAUGCCCGGUGCAAAGCCGGGCGAUGCACAGCAAACCGUCCAGAUUCAGGUGUUAAACCCAAACCCACUCCCAUCGCAGGUGGCAAGUUCGGCAGCCGGCCAAGGUCAAACCGGUUCGUCGCCGGGCUCGGGAACGCUUCAAACGCCGAAAUUUCAAAUGGGUCAAAUGCAGAUUCCCAUCCAAGGGUUUCAGCAGGGCACAACGGUACUAACGGUAGCCUACAGCCCACAGGACGAAGAAGUGCUUCAUAAUCAAGGUCUCCCGGAGGGCAUGACAAUAGUGGCCGCUCUACAACCACAAGACUUGCAGCUGCUCGCGUCGCAAAAUUCCGGUUCCACGACGAUCCUGCAGCAGCAUCAGCAAUCUAACCUAUCCUCGAAUAAUGCGUCUUCGCCGGGUGGCGUUAAGAUUGACAGUGAAAAUCCUCCCCCAUUGCGGCAGAUUAAGCAAGAAGCUUCCUCCAUCUGGAAUCAACCCACGCUAGUGCCGACCUCGAUGCAUUCGAACAGCAACAUCAUCGAAAUGGUGCAGCAACAGCAACAGCAGCACCAACUACAUCAGCUGCAGCAGCAGCAAUCCCGAGCACCGCAAAAUCUCAACCUGCAGCCAUACUUAAAGUUUAACAACAAUAAUAACAAUAGCAAUAACAACAACAAUGGCACCACAAAUCCAGCGAUGACGACGAUCAUGAAUGGGAGUCAUGUCCUGCAGCAGCUGGUGCUACCGUCCGGCGUUACGAUAGGUCCCGGGAUUAUCAAGCAAGAGGUAACGGAUGACCAUUCGAACGAAAACACCCAGUUCGGACCGGCGGACAGUUCGGGUCAGGGUGAGAAUGGUACGGAAGGUUCCCCAGAGGCACGUACCGUGUCGGGGAUGAAUGGGCAUGAGCACGAACCGGGCGAAAACGGGGAUGGGACGGUGGGCGGUAAUGGGGGGACGACACCAAGCGGGAAGGCACGCAAGAAACGCAAGUACAAAACGAAACCACCGAAACCGAAGCGACAGAAACCGGGCCAGGUACAUAUUGCGACCGCGAUCGACGGGACGGUACUGUUCUGCUGCCCGGAAUGUCACAUGGCCUACCCGGAGAAGGAAUGUCUCGAGCAGCAUCUGGUGGUGCACAAGAUCGAGCGAAGGUUCAUAUGUGAUAUCUGCGGUGCUGGGUUGAAGCGCAAGGAGCACCUGGAACGACACAAGCUGGGCCACAAUCCGGAGCGACCGUUCAUAUGUAAUGUGUGUGAGAAAGGGUUUAAGCGAAAGGAACAUCUCAACCUGCACUACGUCAUACACAGUGGUGUAAAGACGGAGAUCUGCAACGAUUGUGGGAAAGGUUUCUACCGAAAAGAUCACCUCCGGAAGCACAUUAAGUCGCACGUUACCAAGCGGCUCAAGGAGGAGAAGGCCUCCAAUCGCAAUAAUAAUAAUAAUAAUAAUAAUAAUAGUAAUAAUAGAAACACUAUCAAUGGUGCUACGAACAACACGACCACAACGACUAUAGCGAAUGGUGGUACACCAAGUACGUCGAUAGCGACACUACCGCCCGGUUUGACAAUAACGACCACCAGUGGGAGUGGCUCCGGAACGAGUGAUACUGUAGAUGUUGUGGUACAAUCGGUGGCCAGUGGGCAGUCAACCUCAACGACCCAAAAUCUUUUACAAAGUGCAAUAAGUCUUCCGCAAGGUGUAACGAUACAUGUACCUACGGCUGAUAAUCAAACGCUUCCGGUGCAGAUCUCCUUACCUCAUCUGGUGGCCCAGCAGCAGACGGAUACGGACGGUAACACGAGAACGGUUCUUGUGUCGAAUUCGCCCGAAAACCUGCACAAUACAAUGCACAGUACGAUCAGCACGACCACCACGACCAGUUCGCCUACAUCCGUAACCACGGCGUUAUAA